AUGCCUUGGCUUUUGGAAAGGUCACGGAUAAAUGUGUACCUCGCACCCCUUGGAGAACAACUCGAGAUCUUCUUCUGCAUAAGACACGUUUACACGACCAGCAGUCCGUUGUCUCGUCCUUGCAAAUUGCACCAACGGGCGGACAAUGCGCGUCAAUUUACGACUGCUGCAAGCAUACAGAGCCAAAAAAUCCCAGUAGCAGUUAUAGAUUGUCUACCUCUAGAAUUGUUCUCUCGGAUUCUCCACUUCGCUCUUUCCAUGACUAGUCAGCGCGAGUGGCGCCUGCAUCCCCGCCAGAAACAACAACUCGCAGGGGUAUCUCGCCGGUGGAGGGACGUCAUUCUGAACACUCCAUCCCUAUGGUCUACUAUCUGCACGCGUCCUAUUUGGGCCCUGUUAGACGUGGAGAUGCAUGUGGAAAGGAGUCGCGACCAUCCGCUUGACAUUAUAGUUUUCGAGUGGUGGUACAGCUACGGAUUUGUUGCAUUUCUUCAUCCCAUUCUUCCCUAUACACACCGUUGGCGCAGCCUUACUAUCCACACUGGUGUGGCAGACCCACACUCCCUUCUCCAUGAUCUCAGCGAGCUAUCUUUUCCCUGUCUCAAACGCGUAAAUGUCCAAGGUUCACGGAGAUUUGAUGUCGAAUUUCCCACCGCAGAUAGCACUCCUGUCCUCAAUCAAUUGAUUAUCCAAAAUUGUCGCCUUCCAAAGAGUUUGCUCCCUUCUCUGGAAAAGCUGACGACCCUUGCGCUCUGCGGAGAGAUAGACAUCGACAAUCCGAGCAUGCUAGUGAAGGCGAUCGUAGCCCCGGAACUUUCUUGCUUUGAUUUCAAUUUUGAUGAAUCGGCCGCAGUUUUCGGCGGGAUUCCUUCCGCAUUCAACAAGGUUCAUUAUGUUUGUCUCCGCUCUUCGACUAGGAACCCCAUUGCAACAGUGUGCCAGGCGUUCCCUAAUGUACGCCACUUCGAAAUGGGAGAACAUGCAUGCGGAUUUUUCCAUGGUUUGAGGGAAAGGACUGACCUCUGGGUCGACCUGGAAUCUAUAACUCUUUGCUCUCUACGUAUAGACGUCUUGGAAGGGGCAGUCAACGAACUUCGAGAAUGGUUUCUGCAACGGAAACCGACGGCAAAACCAUUACACAAUCCUACGUGCUGGAAGAGGACAGGGCGCGUUCCAUCUUGCGUUGUCAAUGUGCGUCUGGAGCAGGACGUUCCUUGGCGAGAAUCGACAGAUGACUUUCAGAAUGUAUCGGAAGAUGAAUCUAGUGAGAUCGCAAAGGAUGAUGAUUUGGAGGACAAUUGGGGUGACUGGUGGGCAGAUUCGGACGUCGAUUAUGGUAAUCAAUGAUGUGUCCCUCUCGCUGAGGAACAUCGAUUUUGUUCUGGCUUAGCCGAUGAUAUUCCACAUAGAAGCUUUCGCGCACACCGUGAUCGUGCUUGCGAUCGGUCAAUACUACUGACAUAAAACUCUUGCGUUCAGUUGUUCCCACGCAGUCGAACUCCAAAAUCCCUGUCCAAUCGUGAGCUUGUCAGUAUCUCGUCAUGGUUGCGGAGCGUAAAACCUGUUCUACGGAUCCUCUCAUUCUAGCGCGGUCGGCCAUGAGCGCGGCUGGUGAUGACACAGAACUUCCGCGUGCACGUUAGCCCAACUGAAGGGGUAAUGAGUAGAUAUGAGGUCCGAAGUGCGGGCAGAGUGGUGCUGACAUCUAUCGAUCCAAAUUUAUCUGACUGUCCACUCGGCUCCCCGUAUCGCCCAAUGGCCGGAGGAUGGAUCCAGGUAUAUCACAGAAUCAGACAUAUUCGCCGAGUGGAC